GGAGCAUACACCCUUGUUUGUUGGUACCUGAACUGCGUUCCAACGUACUGGAGAUCUUGUCUUGGGCAUCAGAAUGGAGGGCGCUUGCAAAUCUUGCCCGAACGAGCAAGGCUUUUUUCGAACUCUCGAUGGACGCCCUGUAUGCUAGGAUGGAGGAGAUUUCGAGAGUCCUCAUGCUUCUGCCACGCGACUGCUGGACCGUCGAUGGCAAUACCAACGAGAUUACGUUGACUAGACAACUGACAAUGAACGAUUGGAGCUUCUUCCGACGCAACUCACGGCGUGUUCGAAUGUUUGGUCAUCCCAGGAACCCGACUUUCCUCGUUUCGUCGUCCACUCUAGACGCCAUUUGUCUCUUGCCCCUUCCUCCCAUCCUACCGCACCUCCGUGUCUUGAAAUGGACGAACGAGCACUUUCACGGACCGUUCAUCCGACAGCUCGUUGGCCCAGAGCUUACUACAGUAUCGUGGAACUGUAUACCCUUCCAGUUCUUCCCUCUUAUUUCGCUUCUCGGCGAGACAUGCCAGUCCUUGCAGUUUCUCUCACUCGCUGGAAUCGAUGGCGAAGAAGAUAUAGGGAUUUCUCAGGCAUUAGAAAACGCACUACCUGCCAUGAGCUCCUUGAGAUCUUUGUCGUUGUACACGACUAGUUAUAGGCUGCUUGAAAUCUCAGCGUCUUUACCAGCCCUCGAAGAACUCUCUUUCACCCCACCUGACUCCGAUUCGCGCCAGUCAGCGCCGAGCAAGGAAUUCGCCAUCCGAAAACUUUACUCCGAAUCGGGUUCACUUGGUAGCUUUCGAAACGCUCUCCGGGCAAUGGGCCAUCUAUCACGGCUUCAAACAAUCAAGGCUUUGUCACCAUCGCCUCGUGUGGAUGAACUCACAGAGUUCUUGGCAGAGCUGUGCCUGUACACUAAUCCUGAUCAGCUCAAUGCACUCUCUGUCAUGGAUGAAUCAUGCUGGAACGAUGGCGACUUACAGGAACCCCAAAGCAGCUCUAUAACAAUGUCGAUACUCCGGCCCAUACUACAGUUCUUUUGCUUAACGAAAUUCGUCGUGGGAACCGUCCUCUCCUUUUCCUUGACGGAUUCUGACCUAUCUGAGUUAUCGCUUGCGUGGCCGAGACUUCAUACUCUGUGUCUCAUUGGAGGAGAAGUGUCGCUUGGCUCCGUGAAGACAACACUCGCUGGCCUUGCCGCGCUUGUCCAAAACUGCCCCAGCUUGUGCAUCCUUAGCCUUGUCAUCGAUGCAACAACCCGUCAUCGGCCGCCCUUGGCUAGCAAACCAUUCCAUCUACGACAAGGGAUUCAGCUUGAAUUGUUCAACUCGCCUAUCGAAGACCCCCUUUAUGUUGCGUCGUUAUCUCUACAGUAUCCUUCCACACUCCUCCUUUGUUGGCACUCAUCCUGUCCAUACGUCACCACGAAGAGGCGCUGAAGAAUGCAAGAAGAAGUGGACUGCUGCCGCGGCAACAUUGAACUCGUUCUAUGUCAAGGACGAGUACGAUCGCGCAUGGGAAACGGGCGCGCAUGAACCAAUAGAAUACAAUCAAUCGAGCGACAACGAUAGACACUGGAAGUUUGUAGAUGAUUUCUGGGAAGAUGGACUUUUCUGGGAGUCUGAUUUGCUUCUAGCUGA